AUGGAGAAAAGAUUUGUCGACCAGGAUGGGCAGGAGAGAAUUGUAGUUAGCCGAAUCGAGGAGGACGGUGGUGGAAAUCUCGUCAUAUCGCGAUUGGUGGGCGGGAAACACAAGUCCCAUGUUUUUCCAUCCAUGAAGCAACACACCGGCAAGCAAAUAUUUGUUCUGAGUGUACCACUCCUUUGA